GCCGCACAGGCGCCGCCUCCCGUCUUCCGGACCCGACACUUCGAGGGGUUCCGGGCGCCGGAGACCGCGGGGCUCCCAUGGAGGCCGCCUCGCCGGGGGGACCCGGCGCCCCGCCGCCGCCGCAGGAGCAGGGAGCGGCGCGCGCAUCGGUCGGCCUGCUGCGCCGGGUCAAGGGCAAACUCUGCACCUGGAACAUUUUGAAAACAAUUGCCCUGGGUCAGAUGCUGUCCUUGUGUAUAUGUGGGACAGCCAUCACCAGCCAGUAUUUGGCAGAAAGAUACAAAGUGAACACCCCCAUGCUUCAGAGCUUUAUCAACUAUUGCUUGCUGUUUCUAAUUUAUACAAUGAUGCUGGCAUUUCAAUCAGGGAGUGAUAACCUUUUAUAUAUCUUGAAAAAGAAGUGGUGGAAGUACAUUCUGCUUGGACUAGCAGACGUGGAAGCGAAUUACCUGAUUGUCAGAGCGUACCAGUACACAACUCUCACCAGCGUCCAGCUUUUGGAUUGCUUUGGGAUUCCUGUGCUGAUGGCUCUCUCGUGGUUUAUUCUUUAUGCAAGAUACAGAGUGAUCCAUUUCAUCGCUGUGGCUGUCUGUCUGCUGGGCGUAGGAACCAUGGUUGGUGCAGACAUGCUAGCAGGGCGGGAGGACAGUGCAGGUAGUGAUGUGCUGAUCGGCGACAUCCUGGUCCUCCUCGGGGCCUCCCUCUACGCCGUGUCUAAUGUGUGUGAAGAAUACAUCGUGAAGAAGCUGAGCAGACAGGAGUUUUUAGGAAUGGUGGGCUUGUUCGGAACAAUAAUCAGUGGCAUACAGCUAUUGAUUGUGGAAUAUAAAGAUAUUGGCAGCAUUCCCUGGGACUGGAAAAUCGCCCUGCUGUUUGUGGCAUUUGCCGUCUGUAUGUUUUGCCUGUACAGCUUCAUGCCACUGGUGAUUAAGGUCACUAGUGCCACUUCUGUCAACCUGGGCAUCCUGACAGCUGACCUCUACAGUCUUUUCUUUGGCCUCUUUAUGUUUGGCUAUAAGGGCAGGUUGGGGAGAGUCACCAGGAGUUCCCUGCGUCCUUGUGGUGUGUCUGUCAGAACGGGCUGUUGCUGUAAUCGGUCCUUCUGGGAGCAGAGCAGUUUUCAGGACUCUACAUCCUGUCCUUCACCGUCAUCAUGGUGGGGUUCACUCUGUACUGCUCCACCCCGACGCGCACAGCAGAGCCAGCUGAGAGCAGCGUCCCGCCCGUCACCAGCAUUGGAAUUGACAACCUGGGACUGAAGCUUGAGGAGAACCUCCAGGAGACCCACUCCGUGGUCUUGUAGCUGGAGAAGAAGGGACACACAUACACCCGAGGCUUCCUGAGAAGCUGGGAGCUGCCACCCGGAUAAAAGCAGAGCCGGCAGCCUGCUGAGGGGACACUUGGAAAAUGAUCAGACUCAAGAGUGAACCCCCUGUAGCAUUGGAUUGGAUCCAGUGGUUAGAUUUUUACAAAGAUACAAAGGAAUACAAAAUCAUGUUUCAAAAAUAGAAAUACCAAAAUAGAGCAGAAGCUGUGGCCAGGAUUAUGUUUCUGUGUGUUUGAGGACCAACGCUUGUUAGCAUCAAGGACACAAGGUGUGGGGCCCACACCGGGUCUCAGGUGCAGGUGGGAAAGCAGGAUGGGGCAGCAUACCCAGGCGUGAGCCAGCCUCAGGAAAGGGCCUGAAGCGGGCUGUCCAGGCUGGCUGGUGGUCAGCAGGAGGGGCAGCCCAGGGAGGUUUUUAGAGUAGGUGUCCUCAGUUGGAGGCAUCUGAGUUUUGUCCUGCUGAAAAUUGUCCACAAGCCUCAUGGCCUUUAGGCCACCAGAUGAGGUCUGGUGACUGACUGUACAUGUCGACAGCACUUGAGAAAUUUUGAGAUACAAGCGUGAGUACCACAGAAGCCGUAAGGUGGAGGACGGUGUACUAGGAACCUUCUCCCAAUGGUUUCUAUGCUACUUCUUCGCAAACAACGUGCCGUGAGAUUUUUAUGACACUACUUCAGUGCAGAGUGUUGAUAUGUAGCAUCAUUAUGAUAUCAGCUACCAGUAUGCACUUGACAAAAAACUCUAUACGUAAACUUUUUUUUUUUUGGUAAAAAAUAUAAAGAAAUUGAGGGUAAGUUUUCAAAUUAUUAGAAGAUUUUGAUUUCAUGGAAAUAUACUUACUGUGUGGUUUCCUUGACUGCCUACUUCCCCUUGUGGAUUUUAAGUGACUUAAUAUAUUCAAGAUUGCUUCAUAUCCAACUUUUCGGAAUCAUGUCUUCUUACAGUGAAGCAGCUCUGUCUAUUUGGGGCUGAGCCGGAAUGGAGAGGAAAUCAGAGUGGACUCCCAGAUCAUGUGCCAGAAUAAACAUUUAAAAAUUUUGAA